AUGGAACAACGUUACCGCGACUACCCCGCAUCGACCUCCACUCACUCCCGCACCAACACCGUCGGUACGCCCAUCCCUGGUCAAUCACCCCUCGCGCGUUCCUUCCAAACACCGUCGCCGUCGCUCGGCGGUCCAGCGAUGGACCCGCAGCGCGCAGCGACACCUUACCGCGGCGGACUGCCUCCCGGCGUGGUAGCCCCUCACCUGAUGGGCAAACGCGCGGAGACGGGCUCGAUCUUCCGUGAGGCGGUUUGGCCACCCCCAAGCCAGAGCAGCCUCCUAGUCGACCCUAUCACGAGCGCAGCCAGCGCGGUCGACCUUAGCAACAUCGUCGACGACGUCAUGGGUCGGAGUACCACCAGUCCGCCCCAGGCUGCAACAGCCGCUGCACACGGGCUACCUCCGCCGAUGCGCCCACGUGGAGGAAAUGGAAGCGUUUCGUCGCUCGUUGGUGCCGAUCCGUUUGCGUCAAUGUCGUCGCUCGUCACCACUGUGUCCGCGGCGCCUCCGCGGCUGCCCAGCGACGCUUACCAUUCACGUGACACGACGGACGCGUCUGCCACGAGCUCGAGCCCGCUGUUGCAGCGGUCUACGCCGGCACCGGUUCUCGACUCUCUUCCCCCACCAAAUCCGACGAGGUUUAGCACCGUCCCGGGUAGCCCAAUGCCUCCGCCUGGCUUUGGCCCGCUUGUGGUCACCAACGCCGUAGGCCCGAUGGAACUGAAAAGCCCUGAAGCAACGUUGUCUCCGGCGAGCCCUUUGGGGUUGUCGAUCCAACCACGAAAUUGGCUGCAGCGUUCGCCGAAGAAGAUAUCGAGGGAUGUCAGGGCGAGUAUUGAUGAGACUGGAGUGGAUGUGACAGAAGUGUCGAGCUCGGGACAUUCAAUCGGGCAGGCCGUGUGA